AUGUCUCCAGGAUACAGCUCGACACAAGGUUACGACGGAGAAUCAUCGACUAAAACGAAUGUCGGGUUUCUUACACACUCCUCUCCUAGCACUGUCGAAGAUGCAAAGUCACCUUCCACUGCAACGUUGGAUGGCCUUAUCGCCUUACCAGAACGUACGGAUGAAGUCGACCAAUCGCCUGGGGUUCGUGCCUCAGUGCAGAGUUUUGGGACUGCAGCUGUUAUCCCAAGAGAUAUCUCAUCGGAUCCUGUCAUGCUUGAAGAUGCAACUUCAUUCAUUAUAUCACAAUUCGUUUGGUUCUCACAGAAAUUGCUCUUCAAGACACCCUCGACGCCUGUUGAGCAAGGGUUGUUAUGGCGCAUCGAAUAUUCCGAAUUCACUCGGUGGUCGAUGUACCUCAGUGCCCGAGUAUUAAAAGAUAUGACGAAUGGUAUAAAUAGCCAAAAGUAUGUCGGCUGGAUCUUCCGGUUCGGCCAGCAAAUGCUGGAACCAUCUACCGCAACCGAACCGGCAUCAUCGAUGGAAGGGCGAUUGGGUGGACUGCAUGAUGUAGCUUACCUAGGAUUUAUCGUAUCUGGGACGUCAGUCGGGUACUCUCUAUUUCGACAGUGCACGCCUACGUUCUUGCGAUUAGCAAAACUAUCCCCCGAAAUUUGGCCGAGUGAUUUUGCUAUCUCCAUAUCAAAGGCUACUCAAAGCCGAUAUGAAAUCAUUAAGUUCAUCGUAAACGACACAAUUAUUGCUAUGAUUCUCGGUAUAGCUCCUGUGAUCCAUUAUGAUACCACUCCCGGAUGCGACGGUAGGAGGCCAAGUAGCGUUCUCGAAAUGGUGUAUGGAAUUCCUUCAGAGAUUCUAUGUAUAUUGGCAGAGAUUAACGCGCAGCGGGCGUCGCGGAUGAUGGGAGAAAGGGCUUCGAAUAACGAUAAUCAAUGCGACAUUGAAAAAAUCCUGGGCAGCUGGACUCCGGUUGUCGGGAAUACUGGCGAGCCAACGAAGGACAUCGCGAGGGUCGCCGUGCAGGAAGCCUGGCGUCAGGCAGCUCUGAUAUACUUUUUUAUGGGAAUGAAGGAGGUGAAUUCGGCGGACCGUCGGGUGCAAGCAGCAGUUCGACAAGUUGUCCAACUCGGGAAUACGAUCGAAGCCGGAAGCCCGCUGGAGCGACAUUUACUGAUACCAUGUGUACUUGCGGGAGUUGCCGCUUGUCAAGAGAAACAUCGCGCCAGCUUACGUAGUAAAUUGACCAACAACUCGUUCCUACGUGAAAUUACAAUGGUCUUGCGAAUUUCUGAGUUUGUGGUAGUAUUGGAUCAUCUUUGGCAUGGUGCAGGAAAAGGUGGAAGCCCGGUCACAUGGGAGGAUUACGUGCAAUCUCGUUGUGCAACUAUACCGAUCUCAUAUUGA